CGCAGGACGAAAUGUUCUCACAGCCUGCCAGGACUGUACCUCUUAAACGUUCUGGAGUAGAAAUGGAAUUGUCAUCAAGAAAGACGGAAGAUAGCAAUAAGCCGCCGAUAAGUAAACCAGCUUGGAUCAAUCAACCAAAAAGAGAACAAACCAGAAAAGACACCAGGAUUGAAAAGGAGACGAAACCUAAAUCACAUCGACAGCGCAGUUACAGUGAAGUAGAGAACGUUGAAGUUCUUUAUUCUGCCGCGAAAAGCAAAGACAAAACGAAACACGACGAAAAGAAACUUAACUCAGUUUUAUCAAAGAGUAGAUCAGAGGACAGACUUGAUGCGCCCGAGGCUCAAUCCACAGAACGUGUUUUAACGGGACGGUCAGUAAGCACUUUUUUAUCGGACAGUAACACGUCUGCUGUGCCCAGUAAAUUCACCUCGAGAGAAGCUGUUGUUAAAUCACAAAAGCCUACCACUAAACCACUACAUUUGGCUAUGGAGGCACGCGCUCAACAACGCUUGGAACGAAAGAAAGCUUUAGAUGAAAAGAAGAGGAAAGCUGAGGAAGAAAAGUUGGAAUUCCUCAAGAAAGAACAGGAGCGUAAAGAAGCAGAACUGUUGGCAGAAAAACAAGAAGUGCUGCGUAAGAGAAAAGAAGAGAAACGCGUGGCUAGAGAGCGUGAGCUCGAGAAACAGCGUCAGUUAGAACAUAAUCGUCAGCAGGUCGCCAUGGCAACCCAACACUACGCAUACACCCUUCUCAAAAGGUUUGGCAUGUUGCCAUGGAGACGUGCAGUGGAGACAACGCGGGAGAACAUGUCACGUUCUGCAUUACAUCAUAACAGAGUGUUACUAAAAUGCUGUUUCCAUCCUUGGUUGGAGUUUACUAGAAGGGUAAAUGAAGAGAGACUGGAGGCAGCAGAAGCACUGUGCAAAAAUAUUUUAUUACGUAGAACGUGGAGACAGUGGAGAAAGGUUAGAGCAGCUAGUCUCUCUCUCGACUGUUCACAGUACUUUAUUUUCCCUUGGUUUUGUAGAGUUCGUAAGAGCAUUUCAAACUGCCCUAAUGUGGGUUUCGGUUGACGAGCGCAAGCUAAGGAAGGCACUAAAUUUUUUCCACUUCUCAGACCUUGCUGCACAAGGUCCAUGCAGUCAAAAGCUAGCGCUGAUAUUCUUCGUUAAUGAGGCCACCCCCAUAAUACGGCGGACGGCUACAUUCUGAAAUCCCAAACUGUAUAAUCCUUUAUAAUUUUACCCCGUUUACACGGCCACUCAAACCAGUUAAGUUUAUCUUUCCAUUGUUAAUACUGUAUGUAAUGAUUGAAGUUACUGCAUUCCGGAUGCUUAUUAAAGAACAGUUGUUUAGAAGUGCAAUUGUGAUAUAUCAGUCAGCUUCUGUUAAGACGUUACUCAAUUUCGACCAGUCAUGAAAUUUGACCCUAUUGUUCAGUGGCG